AUGCAGGCGCCCGGAAGCUUGUUGGUCCUACGGGUGCGGAAGAUCAGCUGCGGCACUCAGCGCUCACCUCGCGCCGCUGCAAGCCGCUCAAAAGAGGGAAUCUCGCGUUUUCGAGACCUCCAAACCCUGAAAACGUUUCAAACUCUUCUACACGGAGCCUUUUAUUGCACGAUCUUUGCGGAUCUGCUUGUGUUUCAGCGACUUGGGCACCCCAGCCUUUCCUCCAGCGGCCGCCUGCACACCAUGAGCCAGGACUUGGCUUUCGUAGAAGAGCGCCUCGUCCGCGCCCUGCAAAAGCCCCAAAUGGACCAUUCGCUGACGCAGACGCUCGACCGGCUGCGGGCGUUGCGGGAAAUGGUCGCGGCCAUUCAGGCCAAGCACUCGGAGGUGACCUCCCUGUGGGAUAGCAUCGCAGCGGCGGCUCGCAGCCAGGCCUGCUGCUUGCAGUACCUGCAGACUUUACAGGCGGUGGCGGAAGCAAAUGGCUGCUUGCAGCAGCAGCCAGAGGGGCUGUGCGCGUCAGCUGAGGAGUUUGCGAAGUACUUGUGGCCGAGAGAGUUUUCCAUGGACAGCAGCCAGCCGUACCUGCCUUCGCUGUCUUUCGCCGGCAGCAGCUUCAGCAGCAACUUGGCGCCGGUGGGCGCCGGGCAGGAAAGCCCGUCUAUGCAGGGAAUGAGCGGCUCCGCAGCGAGGCCGGCGAAGGAGCCGAAGUGCUCCUGA